AUGGGUCAAUUCAUCAGUUGGUUGGAGGACAACCUCCCCGACCCUCAAACGACCAAGGGCAAUGCGGGCGAAGCUCGAGGACCUCAGCCCAAGUCCGUGUCGAGCAUGGUCUCGACUCUUGUCCCCGUCCUUGUUGCGACGGCGGCAUACAUGAUUAUUUUCCUCAUACUGCGUAAAUCCAAUAGGCGUUUCUAUGCGCCUAGAACUUAUCUGGGUUCUCUGCGAGAGAAUGAACGAAGUCCUGCGCUGCCAGAUGGUUGGUUUGGCUGGUUUGGUACCUUUUGGAAGAUCCCCGAUGCCUACGCCUUACAGCACCAGAGUCUCGACGCCUACCUCUUCAUCCGAUUCCUUCGCAUUUGCUGCACUAUCUGCUUUGUGAGUCUUUGCAUCACAUGGCCUGUCCUCUUCCCCGUCAAUGCCACUGGCGGCAACGGAAAGACAGAGCUUGAGUUGCUCUCUUACAGCAACAUCAACAUCGAGAACUCCACCCAGAGGAACAGACUGUACGCUCACUGCUUCAUCGCAUGGAUCGUCUAUGGCUUCGUCAUGUACACCAUCCUGCGCGAGUGCCUUUUCUACGUCAGUGUGCGACAGGCUUUCUUGCUCACUCCCCAGUACGCCAAGCGUAUCUCGUCUCGCACUGUUCUCUUCACUUCCGUGCCUAAGGAUUAUCUCGACGAGGCUCGCAUUCGCACUCUUUUCAACGACUCUGUCAAGAACGUUUGGAUCCCUGGUGAGACCAAGGAGGUUGAUGAGAUCGUUGAGGAGCGCGAUGAAGUCGCCAUGAAGCUCGAGAAGGGCGAGGUCAAGCUGCUCAAGCUUUGCAACAAGGAGCGCAUCAACUCCAUGAAGAAGGGCGGUGCAGAGGCCGAGAAGCAGAAUUCUGGCCCCACUGACCCCGAGUCUGGCGACGCUGCCGCCCGCUGGAUUCCUCAGAAGAAGCGACCUACCCACCGCACUGGCCCCCUUGGGCUUAUUGGCAAGAAGGUUGACACCAUCGAAUGGGGUCGUGAGCAGCUCAAGGAACUCGUCCCCAAGGCUGACGAGGCCCAGGCCAACUGGCUCGCUGGUAACUACGAGAAGCACUCUGCUGUUUUCGUCGAGUUCUACACACAAUCCGAUGCCCAGGCUGCUUUCCAGACUACCACUCAUCACCAUGCUCUCCACAUGGCACCUCGACACAUUGGCGUCAAGCCCGACGAGGUCGUCUGGAAGAGCCUCAAGUACACUUGGUGGCAGAUCGUCAUUCGCCGAUAUCUCAUCGCCGCCAUCAUCGCUAUUCUCAUCAUCUUCUGGGCCAUUCCUGUUGCUAUUGUCGGUGUUAUCGCUCAAGUUAACACCAUCAAGUCUCUCCCUGGUCUUACUUGGAUCGAGAGCAUUCCCAGCGUCAUCCUUGGUGUCGUUUCUGGUCUUCUGCCUUCUAUCGCUCUCUCUAUCCUCAUGGCUAUGGUGCCCAUUUUCAUGCGUCUCUGUGCUAAGCAGGCCGGUUGUGUCUCCAUCUCCCAGGCUGAGCUUUACACGCAAAACACAUACUUCGUCUUCCUCGUCCUCCAGGUCUUCCUCGUCCAGACACUGGCCAACAGUUUCGUUUCUUCCAUCGUCACGAUCGUCCAGGACCCCAGCCAAGUCUUUACUAUGUUGUCUUCCUCGAUCCCUACUGCAUCCAACUUCUACAUCUCCUACUUCAUCGUUCAGGGUCUCGGUAUUGCCACCAGCGUACUGACUCAGGUUGUCGGCUGCAUCAUCUUCAAUCUGCUGUACAAGUUCCUUGCCAGCACCCCUCGAGCCAUGUACAACAAGUGGACCACACUCAGUGCUCUUACUUGGGGCAGCCUGAUGCCCGUUUACACCAACAUUGCUGUUAUCAGCAUUGUCUACGCUGUCAUUGCCCCUCUCAUGCUCUUCUGGUCGACUCUUGGUAUGGCUCUCUUCUAUCUUGCCUACCGUUACAACAUCCUGUUUGUCACCGAGACCAAGAUCGACACUAGAGGUCUCAUCUACCCCCGAGCUUUGAAGCAGCUUUUCGUCGGUGUUUAUCUUGCCGAGAUCUGCCUCAUCGGAAUGUUCAUCGUCUCCAAGGCUGCAGGCCCUGCUGUUUUGAUGGUCAUCUUCCUCAUCUUCACCGUUUUGUUCCACGUUACUAUGGCCAAGGCCCUCAACCCUCUCCUCUACAACUUGCCUCGCUCUCUCGAGGUUGAGGAGGAGCAGAUUCAGCGAAGCAACCAGGGCUCUGAGCUGGAGGAUGGACAUGUCCAGAAUGGCAAUGGUGCCGCCCAUAAUGGUGAUCACCAGAAUGGCAACAGCAAGGCCAAUGUUAUGAACAAGUUUGCGCCUGGUGGUACUGCCGGUGUUCAGAAGAAGGGUAACUUCUUCUCAAAGUGGCUCAAGCCCUGGAUCUACGCCGACUAUGCCACCAUGCGUCAGCUCGUCCCCCAUGAGAGUCACAUGGGGCUUGACUACACUGAGGAGGUUGAGCGCGAUGCUUACUUCCCACCUUCGGUCACCAGUCAGACUCCCAUCUUGUGGAUCCCCGCUGAUCCUGCUGGUGUCUCGAAGCAGGAGGUGUUCCACACGAGCAAGGUGAUCCCCAUCUCAGACGAGGGUUGCACAUUGAACGACAAGAACCACAUCGAGUGGGACACUGAAGGAGCACGACCUCCUAUCUGGACUGAGAAGAUUUACUACUAA